CCACUCUUCCGCCUCCCACGCCGCCCGCGAAAGACGAGCGAUAUCAGCACCAGCCAUCCUACCAGCCGCAGUAUCUGACCCCGACCCCUGGCCCUUCAUGGUACCAGACAGGGCACGCGGAGCCUGCGGCACCUGAGGGUAUUCAGCAGAUUACCCAGCAGCUUGCACACAUGAGUGCGGCGGAGCGUUCGCGAAAUCUGCGCGUGCAGCAUAUGCACCCGAUACUGCAGUUCAUGGCGGGCCCACUGUUGCGGUAUGAUACGGUUGAUGCAGAUGGUGUAUGGCAUGGUGCGGCCAUGAUUGUCACUGCCGACGCUGGUUCCGUGUAUGAGCCCUAUCCUAGUCUGACGUACUCGUGGGACCCUGACUCUCCCAUACGACCGACGAGGACACGCUCACAGUCUUCUGCACAGCGGAACGGCACAUCGUUCGACCUAGGCCCUCACCCCGCCGAUCCGCUGUCGAUGGUCCAGCCUGCGACCAAUGAGGAUUUCUACGCGCACAGUCCGAACGCGCUCUCGCAGACUGUCCCGGGCCAAGAGAUCUGGGUGUACUGCGGCGCAGGUGGCACCUUCACCUUCUGGCGGUUUAUGAUCCACAUACCCCUCGGACCGACCGAGAUGCGUGUGUCAUACAGCUUGAACAAUGGCCAACAGAUGAGCUUCUUUGUGCCUGGCCGCGGCCAGAACAUGCGUUGGGCAGCGUACUCAUGCAACGGCUUCAGUGCGGGCAUAAAUCCCGACGACUUCCGUGGACCAGGCUUCCAGAGCGGGUAUGACCCUGUCUGGGUCGACCUCCUACAAAAGCAUGCCGAACAGCCGUACCACGUGCUCGUUGGCGGUGGCGAUCAGCUCUAUUGCGACGCGCUCGUGCGUGAGCCUGAAAUGCAGGACUGGAUGAAUACCAAGGCGCCCGAGAGGAAGAAGACGUACACCCUCACGGACGAUAUGCGCUUCGCAAUUGAUAGGUUCUACUUUAGUCAUUAUUGUCAGGUCUUCCGGAGUGGUGCAUUUGCAAGGGCGAAUAGUUCGAUACCCAUGUUGAAUAUGCUUGGUGAUCACGACUUAAUUGACGGAUUUGGAAGUUAUCCCGACGACUUAAUGAGAUCCCCCGUAUUCUCGGCGAUUGGUUCCCGAGGAUACUUCUUCUUCCUCCUAUUCCAAUGCUUCAUAAAUGUGGAAGUUGACGGCAGAGACACGACAAGACAUCCAUUCAAAUCAGUUGUCAUCGGCGGUGAUGGCCCCUUUGUGCCCUAUCCUUCGCACUCGUUCGUGUCGUACUUGGGUCCUCAGGUGUACAUGCUUUUACUCGACUGUCGGGCAGAACGGAAAAAGGACCAAGUCUGCAGUCCGUACGAGUACAAAACCAUGUUCGACCGAAUAUCGCGCCUUCCACCACAGGUGGAGCACCUUGUAGUGCAACUUGGGAUCCCUAUCGCCUACCCACGAAUGGUCUUUCUCGAGACCGCGCUCGAAUCAAAGCUUAACCCACUGGUUGCUUUAGGCAGGGCGGGCUCGAUGGGCUUAUCCGGAUUUGUCAACAAGUUCAAUGCGGACGCAGAGCUUCUAGAUGACCUGAACGACCAUUGGACGGCAAAAUCACACAAGAAAGAGCGCAACUGGUUCAUUGAGCAGCUACAGCAAUAUGCGCGUCGCACGCGUACACGUAUCACGUUCCUCUCUGGGGACGUACACUGUGCUGCUGUGGGCGUGCUCAAGACGCUCGUGAAAGGCAAAAAUGCUCAAGAGGUUCCGCCGCCGAUGGACCACCGGUACAUGCUUAAUGUCGUCACCAGCGCGAUCGUGAACACGCCGCCUCCGAACGGCGUGCUCACGCUCGUGUCAAGCCUGGCGACAAAGACGCACCGGACACUGCACCACAUGAGUACGGACGAGACGAUGGUGCCGCUUUUCACUCAGGAACCGAAUGGCGGCUCGCCAAAGAGUAAAUACAUCAUGGGCCGCCGAAAUUGGUGCGGUGUCGUUUGGGAUCCAAGCAACGGGAACCUCGUGUUCGAUAUCCGGGUCGAAAAGGAGAAGGGCUUUGGGGAAACUAUCGGCUAUGUUGUCGAUGCGCCUCCGCCGCGGUGGUCGUGAGGUCGUAUCCUUUCUUCUGAGUCUUUGUAGCGUACGUAUGGCACGUUGGCAUGAUACCUGUGCCGGAAGAGUUGCAGCUGCAGCCAGACGCCCCGCGGUAGCCGUCAGUUGAUACUAAGUCUAUUAUGCGUUGAUUGAUCCGUGUGUUGCAAUCAAGGAGCAGAGGCGAGGAUCUGCUGUAUUU